CUAUAAUUAUUACUAUUUAAUAGUUUUAUUUAAAAACUUUUAAAAAGCUAUAUAUUUUUUAUUUUUUAUUUUUUUUAUAUAAACUACAAACAAAGAAAAUGAGCUCUUCAGAGGACUCAUGUUCAUCUUCAUCAGGCGAAGAAAAGAAAAUCAAGAAAACUCCAGUCAAGAAGACUAAGAAAGAUCCAAAAACCAAAAAAGGAAAGAAAGACGGAAAGAGAGGUAGAAAGAAGAACAAGGAUGAAAAUGCUCCACGUCGUUAUCUCUCACCAUUCAUCUUCUUCUCUAAAGAAUAUAGAUCAACAAUUAAGGCUCAAAACCCAAGCAGUACUUUUGGUGAAAUCGGUUCACUUUUAGGUCAAAAAUGGAGCCAAAUCGGUGCUGAUGAAAAGAAGAAAUAUGAAAACAUGGCUGCUGAAGACAAAAAGAGAUGGGAAAUUGAGAAGAAACAAUACGAAGAAAAAUUAAAGAGUCAACCAGCUGAAUCAUCAUCUGAAAGUUCUGAUGAAAGUAAUUAGACAUACAACUCUCCUCACCAAUCAU